AAGUGAUUGCCGCAAGGGUUGACAUCACCCACCUUCCCUCAUGCACAGCUCAAAGCAGAGCUGGUAGGAAAGACUGCCUUCGCAGCUUGAUGCUCGCUCUCCCAUCCCUCCACAUCUGCCCUGCUUCAAUUUCACAUGGGUUGCUCUACUGUAAUGUACUCACACCAUACCCCAAAGCUCACUCCUAUUCCACGCGGAGCUCAUUGCUCACAUGUUCCAUAGCUUCACACUGUUUCCCCUCCACUGAUAACACCACCGCAUGCAGACUUGUAGAGCUUGAAGAGUCGACGAAUACCUUCACCAGGUUACGUUGCCUUCCUAAUCGGCCUCCUUUCUUCUUUACGUACCCUCCCACUUUGUAGCUUCUCUUUUCCGAAUCUUCGCGCUCCUUCGUGGCUAUCUGGCCACGCCCUCAAGUCCGCUUCAGGGCUAUUUCAUGCAGAGACUUUGAGUCUGCUGUGAAAGAGACGGAUUAGUCCAGCUGCGUUUAGCGCAAACUUUUAAUAUCUGCCCUCGCAUGGCUGCUGCAGCCGCUAGCUGCUGGGACGAUACCGCCGCGCCGCACCUAAAUAAAUACGCUAUGUUCGCACCGGGAACCGAUCGCACUAUCAGCAAGGAGGAAUGGCGCCGCCAACAGGCGACGCUGAUUAAAGCCAUCGACCCGGAAUUUUCGGGGAGCCUCGUGUGCCCGGUCACGGUCCGCAACUGGCGGAAACUCCAAUCCGCCGAGACAAGCGUCGCCAGCUCAGACGCCGGCAACGGGGCGGCCGAUUUGUCGGAUUUCAGCAACAUGGCGGCUUCAGCGGGACUCGCGGCGGUGGAUUCGCCGCCAGGAGGGAACAACGCGCUUCCGCCGAGUCCGCCGAGCGCGCUGCGCGCAUCGUCAGUUUACGCGGCUUCCGCCGUGUCGUCGACUCCCACCUCCUCCGUCUCCACCUUCGCCACUGACUCCUUCGCUUCCGGCGCUUCGAGUGCGUCCCUUGUCCCCAGCCCGCCUCCGCCGACCACGCAAACCGUUCCCCCUUCCCCCCGAGCCCCCGCCCCCGCGUCCGCCGCCGGCACGCCCUCCGCGUCGGCCACCAGCUCGCCCGCCAACUCAGGAAAGCUCCCGCGCGCGCGCGUGUCGCUGGCGCAGCAGAUUCGCGAGCAGCAGAUGAACUCGGGGCGAUUCAAGCCCUUCGCAUCGGGAAGAUACGCUGACGGGAUGUCGGACAGUGGACGAUUCCCCAUGUCGCCUCGUGUCGAUAGCGGGCGGUUUCCCAUGUCGCCCCUGGAGCCGAAUUCCGGACCCAACUCGGGAAGGUUCUCUGCAGUUUCGCCGACUUCCAGCCAGGGUAAUUCCGGCGCGUUUCCCAGUCCCAUCCCCGGCGGGGGCCACUACGCGCCGGGCGGAAGCGGAGCUGGACCGCUUUGGCGACAGAGCAGCGACGGGCAUCGCAUGGCGGGUGCGACGAUGGAGCGCCAUCGCUUGGCUGCGACGAUCGGCGACUCUGCCGGCGCAGCUCCCGCUACCAUGUCGCAGGGUCCGCCGCAAGGCAUGCCCCAAGCGAUGGGUUUUAGCGCGGGCGCGCAGGGGAUGGGCGCGCAAGGCAUGGGUGCGCACGGCAUGGGCGCGCAAGGCAUGGGCGCGCAAGGAAUGGGCGCGCAAGGAAUGGGCGCGCAAGGCAUGGGCGCGCAAGGCAUGGGCGCGCAAGGCAUGGGCGCGCAAGGCAUGGGCGCGCAAGGCAUGGGCGCGCAAGGCAUGGGUGCGCAAGGAAUGGGCGCGCAAGGAAUGGGCGCGCAAGGAAUGGGCGCGCAAGGCAUGGGCGCGCAAGGCAUGGGCGCGCAAGGCAUGGGCGCGCAAGGCAUGGGCGCGCAAGGAAUGGGCGCGCAAGGCAUGGGCGCGCAAGGCAUGGUCGCGCAAGGCAUGGGCGCGCAAGGCAUGGGCGCGCAAGGCAUGGGCGCGCAAGGCAUGGGCGCGCAAGGCAUGGGCGCGCAAGGCAUGGGUGCGCAAGGCAUGGGUGCGCAAGGCAUGGGUGCGCAAGGCAUGGGUGCGCAAGGCAUGGGUGCGCAAGGCAUGGGUGCGCAAGGCAUGGGUGCGCAAGGCAUGGGCGCACUUGGCGCGACUAUGGGCAUGGCCCCUGCGAUGGGUGGUCCUGCGAUGGGUGUUUCGUCGCAGAGCAACAAUAAUCUGUCGCCGCGCGAUAUGAUUCUCCUUCGCCAGAACAAGUGGAGCGGCGCCAACGUCGCCGAUGCUCCCCUCGCGCCAACCUUCGGCUCCUGCGGAUAUUCCGAUACCGCGUCGCAGUGCUCCAGUCACGACUCUUUCAUCUCCACCCCUCAGCUCUCCCGACCAAUCCCCUCCUUCGCCGCGCCUCCGCCCAAGACGGGCAGCUGGGACGGCAGCAACACCACCAAUCCCACCGAUGACGGCGAGGAAAAAGAGCUCGACUUUUCCUCAGUGCGCUCCGUGUGCCUCAAUUUCGAGGAGGUUCUAGAAGCCGCCGAGUCAAAGGAAUUUAAUCGGUCGCGGAUCGAGAGCAUAGAUAUCGUCCCCCUGAUUUCCGGCAUGAAGAGCCCGUUCAUGGCUGCAGCUGCGGCGAACCUUCCUGAGCACGUGCUUUUCGCGCUCACGUUUUCCGGGUCAGAAGAUAUUGAGCUGCCCGGGGACGAAUCGAUUCUGAAACUUUUUCCGAGCCGGUUUCAGACGAGGCAUUGGGAGCAGGAGCAGAGGAAGCAGCAGCAGAAGGGUCAGAAGGAGGCUAAGAUGUGGCAGUCGUGGCAAUCCCAAGGGAAUCCUCAGCAACAGGGUCAGCAGGGGGAACAGCCACCACAGCAACAGCAGCAGCAGCAGUCCCAGCAACCGCAGCAGCAGCAGCAGCAGUGGCAGCAGCAACAGCCGCAGCAGCAACCACAACAGUGGCAGCAGCAGCAGCAACAGCAACAACAACAGCAGUGGCAGCAGCAACAACAGCAGCAGUGGCAGCAGCAACAACAGCAGCAGCAGUGGCAGCAGCAGCAGCAAUUCCAACAGCAGCAGUAUGCUCCUCAGCAGCAGCAAUAUGCCCCUCAGCAGCAGCAGUAUGCUCCUCAGCAGCAGCAGCAGCAGCAGCAGGGACAGAACCAGCAGCAGCAAUGGCAGCAGCCGGCACAGCCCCAGCAGUAUUCUUGAGCAGCACGCUGAGCAGGAGGCAGAGCAGCAAGGGAUCAGGUUGAGAAUGGCAAGGGGCAGCCAUGGCGUGGCAGGCACCUGCACCAGGCUCAGUUGGUAAGAGAAUGGAUGUUGCUGGUGUUUAGAUGCUGAGAGUGUACAUGUGAUGCUUUUGGUAGAGGGGAGAACUUCUCUACUACUGCAUGUGGUUCAUCUGCUUGCUGCAGAUUGUGAACAUUCUUUAGGCGUUUCGGCUGGAAAUUGAAAGAUUAGCCCUGAAACUUGUCUCUUUGUCUUGUUUCCAUGAGGGUUUACAGAGCCAUGCUUUCACUCAUGCCGACGAGAGGUGGAGAGAGCGGUUGGGUUUACUUGCUAGUAACAAGUAUAGGCAGUUGUAUGUAUUUCCUAUUAUCCUAUUUAGCUGUAUGCAGCUUAUUUGAAAGGGCGCUCUGCCGAGCGCAAAUCACACCAAACGAGCGGAGGGCCCGAGGCUCGGCAGGCCAGGCCACGCAAAACUGCGGCGGCGUUCCUUCGUGCGAAGCCUCUCCAGUCCACGGAAGCUGCUGCCACCUCACGAGGCCACGCACUUUGUGACUAACGACAGCGACACCAUAUCGGAAAAUCUCCCGCCCGGGCAGCCUGACAUGU